AUGCCUGGGAAGAGCCGGGGAUAUUUUUGCAUGGAGCAGCUCUCCUUCUGCCUACUCCUGAGUGCUUGCAGCUGCUGGUGGAACCCGGCCAGCUCGGCUAAACCAAAGGGCCAGGGGCAUCCACACAUGAACUCCAUCCGCCUCGACGGGGAUAUCACCCUGGGAGGGCUCUUCCCCGUGCACGGCCGGGGCGCCGAGGGCAAGGCCUGUGGUGAGCUGAAGAAAGAGAAGGGCAUUCACCGGCUGGAGGCCAUGCUCUUCGCCCUGGAUCGCAUCAACAACGACCCCGACCUGCUCCCGAACAUCACCCUGGGCGCUCGCAUCCUGGACACCUGCUCUCGGGACACCCACGCUUUGGAGCAGUCGCUGACCUUUGUCCAGGCCUUGAUCGAGAAGGACAGCACCGAGGUGCGGUGCAUUAACGGCGGGCCCCCCAUCAUCACCAAGCCGGAGCGCGUGGUGGGGGUGAUCGGUGCCUCGGGUAGCUCCGUCUCCAUCAUGGUGGCCAACAUUCUGCGCCUGUUCAAGAUACCCCAGAUAAGCUACGCUUCCACUGCCCCCGACCUGAGCGACAACAGUCGGUACGACUUCUUUUCCCGCGUUGUGCCCUCCGACACUUACCAGGCCCAAGCCAUGGUGGACAUAGUCAAGGAGCUCAAGUGGAAUUACGUCUCCACCUUAGCCUCCGAGGGAAGCUAUGGCGAGAGUGGGGUGGAGGCCUUCAUCCAGAAGUCCAGAGAGGAUGGGGGAGUGUGCGUGGCCCAGUCGGUCAAGAUCCCUCGGGAGCCCAAGGCGGGAGAGUUCGAUAAGAUCAUUCGCCGUCUCCUGGAGACCUCCCACGCUCGGGCCGUCAUCAUCUUUGCCAACGAGGAUGAUAUCAGGAGGGUGCUGGAGGCAGCAAAGAGGGCCAACCAGACCGGGCACUUCAUCUGGAUGGGCUCAGACAGCUGGGGCUCCAAAAUCUCCCCUGUGCUCCACCUAGAGGAGGUGGCCGAGGGAUCUGUCACCAUCCUGCCCAAGCGUGUGUCUGUCAAAGGUUUCGACCGAUACUUCUCCAGCCGGACGCUGGACAAUAACCGGCGGAACAUCUGGUUUGCUGAGUUCUGGGAGGACAACUUCCACUGCAAGCUGAGUCGGCACGCGCUGAAGAAGGGCAGCAACAUCAAGAAAUGCACGAACCGCGAGCGGAUUGGCCAGGACUCCUCGUACGAGCAAGAGGGGAAGGUGCAGUUCGUCAUUGACGCUGUGUAUGCCAUGGGCCAUGCCCUGCACAACAUGCACAAGAGCCUGUGUCCCGGCAAGGUCGGCCUUUGCCCCAGGAUGGACCCGGUGGACGGCGUGGAGCUGCUCAAGUACAUCCGCAACGUCAACUUCUCAGGCAUUGCUGGGAUGCCGGUGACGUUUAACGAGAAUGGAGAUGCACCUGGCCGUUAUGACAUCUACCAAUACCAGAUCAAAAACUCUACCGCUGAGUACAAAGUCAUUGGGCACUGGACCGAUCACCUGCACUUAAAAAUAGAGCGCAUGCACUGGCCUGGGGGGGCCCACCAGCUCCCCAGCUCCAUCUGCAGCCAGCCGUGCAAGCCGGGCGAGAGGAAGAAGCUGGUGAAGGGCAUCCCGUGCUGCUGGCACUGCGAGCGCUGCGACGGCUACCAGUACCAGCUGGACGAGUUCCACUGCAAGAUGUGCCGCUUUAACGAGCACCCUGAUGAGAACCACACCAGCUGCGUCCCCAUCCCCAUCGUGAAGCUGGAAUGGAGCUCGCCCUGGGCCGUGGUGCCCGUCUUCAUCGCCCUCAUGGGCAUCAUCGCCACCCUCUUUGUGGUGGUGACGUUCGUGCGCUACAAUGACACGCCCAUCGUCAAGGCCUCGGGGCGGGAGCUCAGCUACGUGCUGCUGACGGGCAUCUUCCUCUGCUACGCCACCACCUUCCUGAUGAUCGCCGAACCCGGCAUGGGCACCUGCUCGCUGCGGCGUAUCUUCCUGGGGCUGGGCAUGAGCAUCAGCUACGCGGCCCUGCUCACCAAGACCAACCGCAUCUACCGCAUCUUCGAGCAGGGCAAGAAGUCGGUGAGCGCCCCGCGCUUCAUCAGCCCCGCCUCCCAGCUGGUCAUCACCUUCAGCCUCAUCUCUCUGCAGCUGAUGGGCGUCUGCAUCUGGUUCAUUGUGGAUCCCUCUCACUCCAUCAUUGACUAUGAGGACCAGCGGACUACGGACCCCCUCUUUGCCCGGGGUAUCCUCAAAUGUGACAUUUCCGACCUGUCCCUCAUCUGUUUGCUCGGGUACAGCAUGCUCCUCAUGGUGACGUGCACUGUGUACGCCAUUAAGACCCGCGGGGUUCCGGAGACCUUUAAUGAAGCCAAACCCAUCGGGUUCACCAUGUACACGACCUGCAUCGUCUGGUUAGCUUUCAUCCCCAUAUUUUUUGGGACGUCACAGUCAGCGGAAAAGAUGUACAUCCAGACCAUGACGCUGACCAUCUCGGUGAGCCUCAGCGCCUCCGUCUCGCUGGGCAUGCUCUACAUGCCCAAGGUGUACAUCAUCCUCUUCCACCCGGAGCAGAACGUCCCCAAGCGCAAACGCAGCCUCAAGGCGGUGGUGACGGCCGCCACCAUGUCCAACAAAUUCACUCAGAAGGGAGGUUUCCGACCCAACGGAGAAGCCAAAUCAGAACUGUGUGAAAAUCUUGAAACACAAGGUAACGUCCCCUCAGCUGCAUGGCCAACCUUCCCUGUUGCCAAGGAAAUGGGGCCAAGGCUCCUCGAUGUGCGUGGGCUGCCGGUGGGUGACUAUGGCUGCUCCAUUUGA